AUGAGUUCUGAUUUUAGUGAUGAUGAUGAGGAUAAUACUAAUGAAGUAAAUGAAGCCAAUGAAGUGGAAAGUCCAGGGGAAAACAGCUUUGACGAUGAUUUUGAAGAUAGUGAAGAAAAUAAAGAAAAUAACGAGAAUAAAGAAACAAAUGAAAAAGAUAAUAAAUCAGAAGAAAACACAAGCAAUGAAAAUACAGAUACAGAUGACAAUCCAAUGUUAGGAUUGCUUAAAAACUCAAAUCAAAAUUUCGAUGACGCAAAUCAAGAAAAUCUUUUACAAAAUAAUCCCCUGGCUGCUCACAAUGACAAAGAAGAAGAUGAUGAUCAUGGUCAGCAGCUUUCACUCGGCGCAAGAUCUCCUUCUUUUUCCAACCUAAAAACAAUGAUUCCAAAAGGAUCUACAAACCCCGUCGACCUUGGAGAUGUCAAAGAGAAAGAGGAAGAAAAGGAGGAUGAUCACCAAGAAGGCCAAAUUACUUUAAGUGUAAGACAACCAUCAUUUUCAAAUCUUCAUGCCGGCCAAAUGAUACUAAAAGGAUCUACAAAAGCCUUACCAAAUGUUGACGAUAUAAUUGCUGAAGAAGCUGAAAAUCCAAAAUACGUCGAAGUUACUAACACAGAAGAAGGCGAAGAUGAGUUUGCAGACGAACCAGUCAAAGACUCAGAUGACGAAGACGAAGACAAUCAAGCCAUUACAUUAAGUGUUCGACAGCCAUCAUUUUCAAAUUUACAUGGCCAAUUAAUUCCAAAGGGUUCGACACAAGCAAUACCUCAAGUAAACAAUGGAGAUCCUAUAAUCGUUGAAGAACUUCCAAAUAACAACGACCAGCCAAUUAUUUUGAACCAAGAAAAUAAAAUGGGAAGCGAAAUCCUCAAAUCACUUCACAAAUUCAACCAUGACAGAUGGAAACAGCUCGGGUAUAAUCCAGAAGAAUCAUUAGUCAGAAGAAGAUCGCAAAUUGCGAUUGAUCCCGCAAUUACAUGGAAACUAGACUUCAGAAACAGUUCGUGCGCAAACUAUUACCCAACGAUUAACGAAGUAACGCUCAAAGACCCUAACACAAAGAGAAAAAGACCAUUAUCAUCACGAAAUUCAGAUGACGAGCUCGAAGUUGAGAUGCCAGACAACUCUUCGACAGUUGCUAAUGCUCCAAGCGACUUCUUGGCCGAAGACGACCUCUACAACGAAAAAUCAAUUUCGACAGACGAAGAAAGCGAGUUGCCGCCACUUAUUAACAGUGCAGGAGGCCGAAGAAACUCAUCACAGAUAUUCGAUAUUCUUCCUCAGAGCUUAAUCAACGAGAAAAAGUCAGAUCAAAAGAAAUCACAGAAAUCAAACGUAACUCCGAAAUCAAAUCACAAAAAGAACCUCAAAGCACCACAGAAAACGUUCAAAAACAACGAUAAAUCAAACUCAUCCGGCAGUUCUAAGAAAAAUCGCCAAAGUCCAUCACAAAAGAUCGAAGGAUUGGAUGUUGACUUCCACCUCUACUUAGAUGACAUCAGAGUAUCACAGGGAUACGAUUCCGAGCAAGGAUCAUCCAGAAUUCCAGACAGAUUGAAAGAGUUAAUUGUCCAUCCAAAGGAAAGUGUCACUUAUUUAGCUCUUUGCGGCGUUUCUAUCCUUGGCUACAAGGAAUCUACAGUUUCCUCUGUCUACAAGGACCUGAAGAAAUAUCUAGACCAGUGCGUGCAGCUUGGAUACAUAGAGGAGUCGAUGUAUGUCGACGGAAUAAUGAAGAAGAUCAAGGACGAGAAGAAGGAGCUGGAGAAGACACAGACAAAUGACCAAGUAGAGCAGAUCGAUGAAAAGAUAAACCAGUUGAAUGAACAAAUAGACAAAAUGACGAAAGACCAUCAAAGAAACCUUUGUUCUCUGGAAAGUGAGAAAGAAGUCGCUCUAUCAGAAAUUGACGUGAAAAUGGAUGAUUCACUCGCACUUUUAGAAGAAGAAUGGUCAUCAGAAAAGAUGCAGUCAAAAUUUAACAAGCCAUCACCAAAGUUGAUAGAAAUGAGACAGACAGCGCAGAGAUUGAUCGGUGCACAUAGAUUCGAGGAAGGAGCAGCACUGGCAGAGAGAAUUGCAACACUUGAAGAUCAGGAAAGUCAGGAAGCGGCAGAAAAGAUGAACUCAGCAUACCAAGUCGCUUGUGAAAGAGUCGUGAAGAAGUACAGCGCAGAAAAAGUCACUGUGGAGGGCUCGUUCAAUGAUAAGAAAGCAAGUAUGGAAGGAAUAUACCAGAAACAACUUAUUCCUUUGAAUAAUAAACUGAAAACACUUCAACACGAGAAAGAGCAAAAACAGAUGGAAAUUAAAAGAAACGAAAGAGAGGAGAGAGCGGCAAGCGUGGCAAGAAGGCCAGAAACAAGGCAGUCUACAACUAAAAUGUCUGGAGAGCCAAUAGCUAUUAAUAAGAGAUUGAGUUUGCCACCUUUGAAACAAGUGAUUCGUCCGAUGACUCAAUACAAAUCUAGAAAAUGA